GAAUCAAUAGAUCAGAGAGCUCGACACUGCUUCCAGGAUUCUAGUUACAUCGAAAGUUCGUUCACUUUUUGCAAGUCCGAAAGCAUCCCGACAAGUUUCGGCAUCAUGGCUGGCCUACCUAUUCCUGUUAAAACAUCACCCCAGCAAAUGAUACUGAGUAUACCAGAUCUGAAAGAUGCUGGUUCAGCCAAGUUGACCGAAGUUAUUAAAAACUUCUACAACGACGGCUCCACGAACCAAAUCACCGUCCACGAGAACACCACUGCAUACGACAAGUACCGUCUCCGUGCACGCGUGCUCCGCGAUGUCUCCAAAGUAAACCCAUCCACGGCAGUCUUCGGCCAAAACAUCGAUUUCCCACUCUGCGUCUCCCCAGCCGGGCUCCAAGCCAUGGCACAUGAAGAUGGCGAACUAGCUACGAGUCGCGCCUGCGCAAAGCGCAACAUCCACAUGGGCGUAUCGUCGUUUGCGAACUACUCUGUCGAAGACAUUGUAGAGGCUGCGAAACUCGGUACAGCAACAGCGCCGAUCGCCCACGUGAUGCAGCUCUAUACGAUGAAAGACCGCAAAAUGCAAGAACGCAUUAUCAGGCGGGCUGAGAAGGCGGGCUGUCGAGCCAUUUUCCUCACUGCGGAUAGCCCGGUGUUGGGGGUGCGGUAUAAUGAGUAUCGCAAUGAUUUCCGUGCCCCGGAAAAUGUGAAGCUGCCAAUGCUGGAGCGUUCGACAAUGGAGGUACGUUCUAAGACGCACGACUCGAAUUUCACUGGAUUUAGUGAGGACGCGCAUUCGUGGACGCACGAAAUACCGUAUCUGAGGGCAAUUACCAGGAUGGAGAUAUGGAUCAAGGGCGUGGUGACGGCGGAAGAUGUGGUUCUUGCGAGAGAGUUUGGAUGUGAUGGGGUGAUUGUGAGCAAUCAUGGAGGAAGACAGCUUGACCAAACGCCCGCUACGAUUGAUGUGCUGCAAGAAUGCGUCGAAGCCGCGGCUGGGAAAAUCAGGGUGCAUAUCGACGGUGGGAUUAGAUCUGGCGCGGAUAUAUUCAAAGCAUUGGCAUUGGGAGCGGAAUGCUGUUGGGUUGGUCGGCCAGCCAUCUGGGGUCUAGCUUACGAUGGCGAAGCGGGUGUCACGAAAGGUCUAGAUAUCCUAUACGAAGAGUUUCGACGAUGCAUGCAGCUGACAGGUUGCAAUUCGGUUUCGGACAUAUCCAAAGCGUCGCUGGGAGUGGUGCGGAGUGAUGGCCCAUUGGCUCGUCUGUAG